UUUGUUACUUUACUUACUGGAAGAGAAGAAUCCUCUUCUGUGAUUGGUGCCAUGGAUUCAGUCCCUGUUGGUGGUCUCCAUUGUGACCAGAUGAAUAAAACAGUGAAACAUUAUGAGUCUGUGAGUUUCACAGUGCAAAACAAUGUUGUCAAAACAAGUCAAAGGCCGCAGAAUGUCCCAACGUACGUCCAGAACCUGAAAGAGGGGUCUUCACCAGCAGGGUGUGUCUGGACCAGGACUCAUCAGAGGCGAUGGACUGUUGACUUCAGUCAACAUAAAACCUUAACUGUCAUCAUUGUGGAGAAAACCAUGAAGAAACCACAGCCCCCACAGAGAGACACUUCCCUUCUGCGCCCCCAACCAGUACCACCUCCCUCAUUCAAGAGGUCCUCGUGUCCUUCAGCUAAGACCUUCAGUCCAUCAUCCACUGCUGCCACUUGUUUUUCACCUCCUUCUCUCCCCACGUCCAUCAUCACUGGCCACGAUCCACUUGGUUGGAAGUUACAACCAAAAUCCCGUGAGCGCACCAAAAGGCUGUCUUUACAAACCCCCCUACCUGAAGUCCAGACUCCCAGCUGUCCAAACCCAGAGACUUCAUCAAGACCAGCCUUCAGACCCAAACCUCCUCGACGUCGCCACUCUGAACCCACGGCCUUCCUUAAAUCCCUGAAGGCUCUGCCUGUUCUGAAUCCUGAGGAACUGCGCUCUGUGCUCCUCCGACCCGUCACCCUCUCAGAUGAACCGGAUGAUGUCUUCGAUCAGGGGACAGGACAGCAGGGCAGUGGGUCUGCCCCGCUACACAAAAUACCCCCACCUGUUCCAGAGAAAACAGCCACGGCAAGACGACGAGCACAUCUGAUCGCUUCCUCACAGCAGACCCAUCACUAAGAGCGCUAAUAUGGAUUGUCUUUUAGUGUGAAUGCUGAGUCACCAAUGUUUUAUAUUUUUAUAGUGUUUUCUGUACUUUUAUGGACUGUACCUAUUCUGCAUAACUGUAGCUUUUUCAACCAUUCAGAUACAAAAUAUUUAGCUUCUACAGGACCAAACAGCUAUAAAACGUCUAUACUUUACUGCAAUAUUCAGCUUUGUGAACUGUUUUAUGCUCAGUUAAAUGAACUGGGAUCUUUUCAAAAACUCCUGCUUUAUUUGUAUUUACUUCUGCUCCAACUGUCUCCUGAUCCAUGCUUUUCUUUGUUGUCUUUAUGUCUGAUUUCUUUUUCUGUCCCUUGAUUUGUCUCCUCACCUGCUUUCAUGAAGCCCUGCUGUGUGCAGCUUUUCUCCAUCAGGUUUAUGGGGUGACGUUUGUAAAGUUACACAGUCAAAA